GUUGGCGCGUAAACCGUUAAUACAUAACACAGUUAGUUGGUUGGUAAAUAUUUGAGUUGCUUCGCUUUGUGGCAAUUCGUUUUCGAUUUGUUAAUGCGCUUAGUGUGUUUUGCGGUUCGGUUUGUGUAUUUCGUUGACGCUCAUUGAGUCAGAAAUAACUUGGAGUUGCGGUGUUUGAAAUAAUUAAUGGUAAAUUUUUUUAUUCGUUAUUUGCAUUGAGUGACUGACGGUUUGCGUGUUUAACGUGCCGCUGAAGGAGUUUUGGCGAUUAUUGUUGCCGCAGAAUUUUGGAUUUCGCGUGAAUAUGAAGAGAAUUUGGAAUCUACUGUAUUUCAGCCUCUUAUGGUUGGGCAUAAACGUGCGAGCGCAAAGUUCAUUUUACCGACGUACCUAUUACAGCCCGAUUUCCUCAUCGCCCACACACUACUUCACCUCUCACCCCGGCAGUCAUGAGUUCAUGCCACUCUCCUACUCCAGCAGCGAUCUGCACACGGAAGAGAGUAAGCGUAAGGAAUCGUCGAAGAAAUAUGCAAAGAAACACUCAUAUCGUCAUGUAGCUUCGGAAGAGGAAGAUAACUCCAGCGAGCGCUAUGGUUCGAGCGAGUUUUCAAAUGAAGCGCACAAUUUUAAUUCGAAAGAGAAUGAUAGUCGCGAAUAUACAAUAGGCACACAAAUACGUGUACAACAUCCGAUAACAGUACCAAAGAAAUCCACAUCCUCACAUCCCAAGUACAGCACACACUUACCGAAUCAUUUCAAGAGCACUACCUAUGCGGAUGUGAAUCUCUCUACGGAAGCGCACGAUGCGAAAUUGCCACCAUCGAAGAAGCACAUACAUCAUCAUAAGUAUACACAAUUCUACGAGCCGGACCCCUUCCAUGUGGUCGCACCACCCAAACCCACCCUAUCGGCCGUCUCACCGACACCCAGCCUUAAUUACAAUGUCUAUGAGCCUGAACAGGAAGAAUUCGAUGUACAUCCAUCGAGUUCAAGCAGAGCUAAGGCGCAGCUUCGUGAACGCUUUAAGGGUGUUGCAUCACAAAAACAGAUUGAAAAAUAUUUGGAAGAUCAACAGAAGCUCUUGGAUGAAGCACUCAAACUGCAGUUGCUGAAUAAUCCGAAAUUCCAACACUUGAUGAAAUCGAAAGAUACCGAACAUCACUACGAUGAGGGCGAGUAUGAGGAGUUGCCCAUCGAUCCACAGCCACCACCAAUUUAUCGUCCAAGUUUCGAUGAUAAUUUAACAUUCAAAUCGAAUCGCGCUCGUCGACGUCCAAAGGGUGCCGAAUUGAAGCGUUCACCUAAGUCGCCGAAACAUCCACCGCCCAUUGUGAGCUCGAGUAAGCGGCGAUUUCGCCCGUCACUUGUCAUCAAUGUUUGAGGGUGGGCGUGUUUAUUGGGCGUUUUGGCCUCACUACAAUAAAUGGCAGUGGUAGUUUUGGUGCUGCCGUUGGCGCUGUUGUGAAUUUUACAAUUUCUAGUAUACGUAAUAAUUUUUAUUUAUAAUCUAUUUGCU